CCCCCCAACAACAGGUGCACAUUCCUGGGCGCCUCGUCACUUCCCCUGCGCUGGCGAACGGAGCGAAGUCACUGAGCUACGCGGCCGGGCUAUGACCUCUGGGGCGCUGCUGCUGCUGCUGCUGGGGGCGCUGGGGGCGCCGCUCGCCCCGGGCGCCCAUGGCUCGGAGGCGGAGGGCCGGCUCCUCGAGAAGCUUUUCUCGGGCUACGAUAGCUCGGUGCGGCCGGCGCGGGAGGUGGGAGACCGUGUCGGGGUCAGCAUUGGCCUCAGCCUGGCGCAGCUCAUCAGCCUGAACGAGAAGGAUGAAGAGAUGAGCACAAAGGUGUACUUAGACCUGGGGUGGACUGACUACAGGCUGAGCUGGGACCCCGCGGAGCACGAGGGCAUCGAUUCACUGCGCAUCGCGGCUGCAUCCGUGUGGCUACCGGACGUGGUGCUCCUAAACAACAACGACGGAAAUUUUGGCGUUGCUCUGGACUUGAACGUGGUUGUGUCCUCCGACGGCUCCGUGCGCUGGCAGCCUCCAGGCCUCUACCGCAGCAGCUGCAGCAUCGAGGUCACCUACUUCCCCUUCGACUGGCAGAACUGCACCAUGGUGUUCAGUUCUUACAGCUAUGACAGCUCAGAGGUCAGCCUGCAGACCGCGUUGGGUCCUGACGAGCAGAAACGGCAGGAAGUGUACAUUCAUGAAGGGACCUUCAUUGAGAAUGGCCAAUGGGAAAUUAUCCACAAGCCUUCUCGGCUAAUCCAGCCUCCGGUGGAUCUGAGGGGAGGCGGGGAAGGACAGCGGGAAGAAGUCACCUUCUACCUCAUCAUUCGUCGGAAGCCUCUCUUCUACCUGGUCAAUGUCAUUGCCCCGUGCAUCCUCAUCACUCUCCUGGCCAUCUUCGUCUUCUACCUGCCUCCAGAUGCAGGAGAGAAGAUGGGGCUCUCGAUCUUUGCCCUGCUGACCCUGACUGUGUUCCUGCUGCUGCUGGCAGACAAAGUUCCUGAGACCUCCCUGUCUGUCCCCAUCAUUAUCAAGUACCUCAUGUUCACCAUGGUGCUCGUCACUUUCUCAGUCAUCCUUAGCGUCGUAGUCCUCAACCUGCACCAUCGCUCACCCCACACCCACCAAAUGCCCAUUUGGGUCCGUCAGAUCUUCAUCCACAAACUCCCUCCAUACCUGGGUCUGAAGAGGCCCAAACCUGAGAGAGACCUGAUGCCGGAGCCACCUCCUGUAGCCCUCAGGGACUCUCCAGCAAGUGGCUGGGGUCGAGGAACAGAUGAAUAUUUCAUCCGGAAGCCACCGAACGAUUUUCUCUUCCCCAAACCCAACAGGUUCCAGCCUGAACUGUCUGCCCCGGACCUGCGGCGAUUUAUCGAUGGCCCAAACCGGGCUGUGGGCCUGCCUCCCGAGCUGCGGGAGGUCGUUUCCUCGAUCAGCUACAUCGCUCGACAGCUGCAGGAACAGGAGGACCACGACGCGCUGAAGGAAGACUGGCAAUUUGUGGCCAUGGUAGUGGAUCGCCUUUUCCUCUGGACCUUCAUCAUCUUCACGAGCGUUGGGACCCUCGUCAUCUUCCUGGAUGCCUCGUACCACUUGCCCCCUGCCGACCCCUUUCCUUGAGGACAGAGGGCCAAGACCCAGGUCCUCUGCGGGCUGCAUUGAGAGUCCGGCCGUACUCUCGAGUCCUAUCCCUUUCUGCCUCUCGACUCCACUAGGAAUCCGGCCCUCCCAGGUCAUUGCCUUUAUGGGGAGCGAGCCGAAGUGGGACGGGGCCGACUGAAGCCUUGGGCCCCGCUAGACAUGCACUAUCAGUUUAUUUAGUCUUUGGUUUCUUGUAGAAGUUCCUUUGGAUAGCAACACUAGCUUCCCAGUAUAAUGGAACAAAGAACAAGAACUAGACUGUAAGCCUUUUGAGGGCAGGAACUGUGCCUCGUUCACUGUAAUAUCCCCAGCUCCUAGCACAGGUCCUGACCUAUAGGAUUGUAGGUGCUUAACGUCUGUUGAGUGAAUAGGGGUUUUGUUGUUGUUGUUGUUGUUUUUUCCUGGAAGGAAAUGCACCAAAUAAUAGUGCUUAUGUUUGCAUGUUGAGACCAGUGAUCUUUGUUUUCACCUUUCUGUAAUUUAUUUUUUUGUAAUAAGUAUUAUCUUUAGGAUAAAAAAAAAAGGUUAUGUCUAGAA